CCCCCGCGGGCCGCGGAGGGGUAGGACGAUCUUGGCUACCGAGGGUGGCGGAUGAGCGGGCCCCGGCCGCUCCGCUCCCCGGUCCGCGCCCCGCGCUGCUCCUGGCCCGACGGCGGCUCUUGGCUCCUGCCCUGUCCGGGUCGGACUCUACAACUCGCACCCCUGAGGAGCCCCGCUCGCCAGCGGCCGACGCCGGUGUCCAGAAAAAAGCCCUUGGCGGGAGCGUUCGAGGAGCCGGAGCCCCGGGCUGCCGGCACGGCGGACAGCUGCCUGGCUCCGGCACUGGCACGGACACCGGCGGCCGCCCCUCGGGCGGCCUCGCUGCCGGCUGUCCACGGAGCUCUCUAUGCUUCCCGCAGCAGGGCGCUCCCCAGACCGGGUCUGCAAACCCGCAGCUCCGACCGAGCCCCCGGCGGCGGCACCGCCGUCCGGUGCUUCCACGUCCCCGGACCUCUCCCCGGCCGCCGACGUGCGGGGCAGCGGCAGGACCCGGCCGCGUUGGCUCGGUAGCCCUCGUGGAGCAUCCCCGGCCCGGGAGGAGCUGCCGCCGCACGACGGUGACUGAUCCAGCCCGCGCUCCCCCCUCGGAAGGAUGGAUGUGAACGAGUUACUAAGUGUAGUUACUAAUAACAAUAACAAUAAAUUAUCGGACUGCUGCUCAGUAAUGCAAACAAAUGUUUCGCGAACCACGCGGAGUCUCCCCGCGCCUCGCAGCAGCCCCACCGGGACCGUCUGACAAGCGGCUGCUCCCCGGCCCAGGGAAACGACCCUGCUCGCCCGGCGGCCGCACGGAGCAGGGAUGCCCCGGGUAUUUCUGAAGUUCUGCGUAACAGACUGGAAAGAUGUUCCCCAGAACCGAGAAUCUGUGCGGCACACGCGGGCCCAAACAGCCACAUUUACUACAGAUUGGAGCAUCCUUCCAACCUGGGUGAAAGCGACCAUAAAGAGAGAACUGAAGACUGGAUCAAUAACUUCAAAGUGUGAUUUUCGAUGUGAUCCCUGUGGAUAUGAACGCAUUCGCGUUUUCAGCCACGGUCACCUGAAAGCUCGGUCGGGGUCAGCAUACCACCCUCGCGGGAAUGAUCUUAUGUUUUAGACCAAGCAGGUUCCUUUGCAAAAACUCUGAUUUGUUCAAUCACUUGCCCGCAUAGAACGAGUUCCAUGCGUGCCCAACUCCUCAUCAUUGCUUAAACCCGAUUUAGAAAACAAAAAACCCCAACCCCUCAAUCCCAAGCAGCCCAUCACAUAAACGGAUCGAUAAAUGCAUUUCCACUCCCGAUUCUGGCUGCGGCGGUGCGAUUGAGGCAGAGGGGCACCGCAGCAGAGCCCAGGCUGCGCUGCACGGGCGCGGAUGAGCCCGCAACAGAACCAGCCCCGCACCAGAGCCAGCCCCGCACAGAACCAGCCCCGCUCCAGAACCAGCCCCGCACCAGAACCAGCCCCGCACCACAACCAGCCCCGCACCAGAACCAGCCCCGCACCACAACCAGCCCCGCACCAGAACCAGCCCCGCACCAGAACCAGCCCCGCACCAGAGCCAGCCCCGCUCCAGAGCCAGCCCCGCACCAGAACCAGCCCCGCACCAGAGCCAGCCCCGCUCCAGAGCCAGCCCCGCACCAGAACCAGCCCCGCACCAGAACCAGCCCCGCUCCAGAACCAGCCCCGCAGCAGAGCCAGCCCCGCACCAGAACCAGCCCCGCACCAGAACCAGCCCCGCACCGGAACCAGCCCCGCACCAGAACCAGCCCCGCACCAGAACCAGCCCCGCACCGGAACCAGCCCCGCACCGGAGCCAGCCCCGCUCCGCAGCUCCGGGGUUCGCCGGGCUCGGGGCCCCGGGGCUCGGAGGGAGAAUGAACAGCAGCACAGGCAGGAGAGAGCCGGCCUGCCCCGCCGCCCGUGCGGUUCCGCACCUUCCCCCUUCCCUGCCCCGGCCACCGAGCCGGUGUCUGCUGGGACACACACCGAGCUCAGAUUCUGAACUAUCAACUGCACUUGGGCUCCUGGGUCUUAAUUUUUAUAAGUGACAAGGAAUAAAGCCAUUGCUCAGGAACGUAGAGGCAGACCGCGUACGCUGAGGGGUUUGUGUGUGAAGGUUCUAAGAUUUUGUAAGAUUUUGUAAGCUUUUGCAAGAUUUUGUAAGAUUACUCUGGGGCCGAUGCAGCCCCUUAGAGCGGCACCCAGGCUGUCCAGGUUGGUGAAAGGAGAGGCGGGGGUCGCACAGCCAGGCUCCCCCCUGCACGGGCAAUCUCGGAGCGCACAGAGCGCACAGAGCGCACAGAGCGCACAGAGCGCACAGAGGUUCCCCCGAGCCAGCUCCCCGCCACCAGCGCUCGGAGCCCGCAGCGCCUUCACAAUUCCCGUGCUGACACCUUUUACCAUAGAGAAUCUUUUCCCCUGCCUUUCUGUGGGAAGCGGGAGUUGCAGUCCAAAGUGCUAAGAAAAAUUGUGCGUAAUUAGUAAAAUAAUACAUUUAAACAAGACAUUAAUUGAGAUCUAUUAAGUUAUUGAUAAGAUAUUAAAAUGCUGCUGUUAAAUGGGAAAAAGCAGGUGUGAAGCUUGCAAGAUGUUGAAUUUUCAAGAUCAAUUCCACAAAGAAGAUAAAGAAACAUUGCACGUUAUCAUUUUGUUGGGGAGUCCUAAAGCAUCUCUGCUGCCGGAGCAGGAGGAAUAGAGGGCAAAACACGGUACGGAUGAAGAGGAAUUUUCGGGGUAACAUUUUGCUUCCUUGUGGCAGGUGAAAGACAUACAGAACAGUUGCUAUUGGUGAUUAAACAGAGUUUACAGCACUGUGAGAUAUGGAACUGAAAACAUCGUAUCCUCGAACAAGAAUGUGUGCUUCUAAAAUAUAAUUACGUUGGAAAAAAAUAGUAUUUUAAUUUCAAUUACGAUUGUUCUACGAGAGACAGAUGUGAACUGCUAAAAUGUUUAUAAUGUAGCUUAACAAUAAAAAAGAGAUAUUAAAGAAA